GUAACUAAAUGACCAUGGAAUCUGGAGCAGAGAACCAGCAGAGUGGAGAUGCAGCCGUUACAGAGGCAGAAACCCAACAGAUGACAGUACAGGCACAACCACAGAUUGCAACGUUAGCCCAGGUAUCUAUGCCAGCAGCUCACGCAACGUCGUCUGCGCCCACGGUGACUUUAGUUCAGCUGCCCAACGGGCAGACGGUUCAAGUGCAUGGAGUAAUUCAGGCUGCCCAGCCGUCAGUUAUUCAGUCUCCACAGGUCCAGACAGUCCAGAUCUCCACUAUAGCAGAAAGUGAAGAUUCACAGGAAUCAGUAGACAGUGUCACAGACUCACAGAAACGAAGAGAAAUUCUUUCCAGACGGCCCUCCUACAGAAAAAUUUUGAAUGACUUGUCCUCAGACGCCCCAGGAGUGCCAAGGAUCGAAGAAGAAAAGUCUGAAGAGGAAACAGCAGCACCUGCCAUCGCCACUGUUACGGUGCCAACUCCCAUUUACCAAACCAGCAGUGGGCAGUACAUUGCUAUUACCCAAGGAGGAGCAAUACAGUUGUCUAACAAUGGCACAGAUGGAGUACAAGGUCUCCAGACGUUGACAAUGACCAAUGCAGCUGCAACCCAACCAGGCACCACCAUUUUACAAUAUGCACAGACCACAGAUGGACAACAGAUACUUGUACCCAGCAACCAAGUUGUUGUACAAGCUGCCUCAGGAGAUGUGCAGACCUACCAGAUUCGCACCGCCCCUACCAGCACCAUUGCACCAGGCGUAGUCAUGGCAUCCUCUCCAGCACUUCCAACCCAGCCAGCAGAAGAGGCCGCACGGAAGAGAGAAGUGCGUCUAAUGAAGAACAGAGAGGCAGCACGUGAAUGUCGCAGGAAGAAAAAGGAGUAUGUGAAAUGUCUAGAAAAUCGAGUGGCUGUGCUUGAAAACCAAAACAAGACACUGAUUGAGGAAUUGAAAGCACUUAAGGACCUUUACUGCCACAAAUCAGAUUAAUUUUGGAUUCCUAUUUUCACUUGUCCAGGUGGGAUAGAGACUGGUUCUGGCUAUAUCCAGAAAGACAAAGUAAACUUUUUAUUUUCUAAACAUUUCUUUUUUUCUAUGCGCAAAACUGCCUGAAACAACUACAGAAUAUACUUCAUCUGUGCUUUGCAUCAAACUGUGAAUGUUCAAGUACUUGCCUCCACUCCGCCCCCUACAAGAUUAUUUUCAUCAUCAGUUUCAGCGUGAAGAAGAACAGGCUUCUUUCUCGUCUCCCCAACCUCUUCAAGGAGUAACAGCGGUCGCUUGGGAAGUUACUGUGGGGAGGGUCUUUUUGUAAUGAUUUCAAGAAUUUGUGCUGAGCUCUUCCAUUGCCUUAGAGACAGAACCACCCCAGCCUCAUGGUCCAGAGAACGGUGGGCCACAUACGUGGAGCAUGCAUGGUGCGAUGAAGAAGCGAUGGUUGCCAAAUUGGUUUCACAUAUUCAUUAUGAACUAUAAAAACACACGGCUAAGCGGCAUGCCAAAUGAAAGGCUCUUCACAGUCACGUUCUUGGUGUGGAGAUAACAUACCUUUUUCAAACUAGCCCAGGAGGGGGUUUGAUUUUUAAUCUGUAUUAAGCCCUCCUGGACUAGUAAAAACUUCUCCAUGCCUCAGAAACAAAUGCAUUGAAAUGAGCUUCACUGGUCAGUUGUUGCUUCUCGAAGCUUACGUGUGCAAGUGUGUUCAGCAUUCCGAAUGCACAGAAAGCAAACGCCAACUUCAUAGGAUACUGAUCGGGAAAUGAUAUUUGGAAUGGGAAAGGAAUUCAGAAUAAAAAAGGCACAAAAGUGACGUUUCGAAAACAGUCACAUAGUAAGCAAGGGUAACACGUGGAAGCACUACCUAUUUGUAUGCAGAACAACUAAGCAGUUGAAGCACAGCCAACUCCACAUACAUACUCCCUGAUGACAGUAUAGUCUGUGUCCCAAGUCCUCUCAAGAAGUGAGGUUGUUUCUGUUUCCCUACCACCGUCUCACCUAAUGGAAAUUAAUGUACUCGGUGGAAACAUCAGCCUGGUUUGCUAGAUUCUUUUGCAAACUUUGAGGCUGCCUUCUGUGCAUAAAUUGCAGUAUGACAAAUACCAGGACAACCUCAAAUACUGAAGAGGACUUCAAACACAAAUAUUCCAACUUCUGCUUCGCAAGGGACAAUAUUAAUUAUUUGAACCUGGCCAGGCUAGCUAAAUUCUUAGUUUAUUCAGAAGAUUUUUUCAUGUAACGUGUCAGAUUUCCCAAGUAAUUUAUUCCUGUAAGUAAAAUUACUCAUGUGCCUCAGACAUUUGCAAGAUCAAAUUUUUUUGGUGUGCACUGAGGAAAUGUGAUCUUUCCCACAUUUACAUUGUUAAAAAGGUAGUUCCCGUUUAAAAACAACUCUGUACUUAAGUAUUAGGACUUC